GUGAAAGUGAAAGUAAGAGACGCGCAUGACGCGGAAGGUGCAGUUCAAUUCCCGUCUCUUCUGAAGAGUGUUUUUCACCCGAAUUAUUCCAGUCGCUCGAGCUUCCUGCGAUCAUCCAGGCGGCGGUGGAACACACGCACACGUGACACGCGGUUGUGUAGCAGCACACCGUCGGAGAUCGAACACAAUCUGAGUUCGCAACUUUGGGCCGGAAGAACUGAGCUCAUGGGCCAGGUACAGACAACAGAGGACUGGCACACAGGUGUGGAUCGAGAGGAGGAAGCUCCUCCCUCUAAAUCCCCACUGGGUGAGGACCAUGACAGUCAGACCAGAGCUCAGAGAUCAAAGUCACUCACAUCAGACGCUGCUGGACGAAGACACAGACCUGGACUUGCUCCCAGCUGUCAGUCUCUGAAGAGUGACUGGUCUAUGGGAAAAUUUAUUGACUUCAGAAGACGACCGGAGCACCUGAGGAGGAGCAGGAUCUCUGAGGAGGAACCAGAAGAGUCUGAACUCUGUUGUGAGUCCCUGAAGAGUGACUGGUCUAUGCCAAGACAUAUUGACUUCAGAGGAGGACAAGAGCAUCAGAGGAGGAGCAGAGAGGAUCAGCAGCUCUCAGAUGAUCUCAGUCUCCAGUGUGUCAAGCAGCAUCAGACAGAACUGUACUCCACACUUCAGCUGUUUGAAGAGACUGUCAUGACCCUGGUGAAGAAGGAGCUAAAGAGAGCCCGAAGGUUCCUCAGUCCAGAUGAACAGAAGAAUCUGGGUGAUGAGGAAGAGGAGGAGUUGAAGUGUGAAGAGGAGCAGAUGAGGAGCAGCAGAGAAGCUCUCCUGCAGAUCUUCAGGAACGUCUUGAGGAGCAUGAAGGAGGAGGAGCUUGCUAAUGUUCUGUGGCGCAGAAGUGGUGCUGGAGUGUGUGCAGGACGACUGAAGAGGAGCCUGCAGAAGAAGUUCCACAGUGUGUCUGAGGGGGUCGCUAAAGCAGGAAACUCUGCCCCACUGAAUCAGAUCUACACAGAGCUCUAUAUCACUGAGGGGGGCACAGACCAGGUCAACCAGGAGCACGAGGUCCGACAGAUUGAAGCAGCAACCAGGAACCAGUUCAGACCAGGAACUACCAUCAGACAAGAAGACCUCUUUAAAGCCUCACCUGAGAGAGAGGGACCCAUCAGGAGCCUGCUGACGAAGGGCGUGGCUGGCAUUGGGAAGACCCUCCUGACACAGAAGCUGACUCUGGACUGGGCUGAAGACAAAGCCCACCAGAACUUCCAGCUCAUGUUUCCUUUUACAUUCAGGGAGCUGAACCUGCUGAAAGAGAAGAAACUGAGUUUGGUGGAACUCGUUCAUCUCUUCUUUCCUGAAACCAAAGACUCAGGACUCAGCAGCUUUGAAGGAGUCCAGGUUCUGUUCAUCUUGGACGGUCUGGACGAGUGUCGACUCCCUCUGGACUUCAACAGUCGGGUCCUGACAGAAGCUAGAGAGUCCACCUCAGUAGACGUCCUGCUGACCAACCUCAUCAGGGGGAAGCUGCUUCCCUCAGCUCACCUCUUGAUCACCACACGACCUGCUGCAGCCAAUCAGAUCCCUCCUGAGUGUGUGGACAUGGUGACAGAGGUCAGAGGGUUCACUGACCUCCAGAAGGAGGAGUACUUCAGGAAGAGGUUCAGAAAUGAGGAGCAGACCACCAUCAUCUCUCAUGUCAGGAGCUCACGAAGCCUCUACAUCAUGUGUCACAUCCCCAUCUUCUGCUGGAUCACUGCCACAGUUCUGGAGGACAUGUUGAAGAGCAGAGAGACCAGAGAGCUGCCCAAGACCCUGACUGAGAUGUACAUCCACUUCCUGGUGGUUCAGGCCAAAGUCAAGAAGCUCAAGUACCAUGGAGGAGCUGGGACAGACACAGUUUGGGAUCCUGAGAGCAGGAAGAUGAUUGAGUCUCUGGGAAAACUGGCUUUUGAGCAGCUGCAGAGAGGAAACUUGAUCUUCUAUGAAUCAGACCUCACAGAGUGUGGCAUCGACAUCACAGCUGCUGCAGUUUACUCAGGAGUCUUCACACAGAUCUUCAGAGAGGAGCAAGGACUGUACCAGGACAAGGUCUACUGCUUCAUCCAUCUGAGUGUUCAGGAGUUUCUGGCUGCUCUUCAUGUGCACCUGAAGUUCUUCAACUCUGGAGUCAAUGUUCUCCAUUUACAACAAAAAUCAGAACAGUCAAGAAUCCUCAGAAAGGAACUUCAUCCAGAAAGGUUUUACCAGAGAGCAAUAGAUGAAGCUGUAGAAAGUCCAAAUGGACAUCUGGACUUGUUCCUGUGCUUCCUUCUGGGCCUUUCUCUGCAGACCAACCAGAGUCUCCUUCCAGGUUUGUUGACACAGACAGGAAGUAGCUCCUGGACCCAUCAGGACACAGCACAGCUCAUCAAGGAGAAGAUAAGGGAGAAAGUGUCUCCAGAGAGAAUCAUCAAUCUGUUCCACUGUCUAAGUGAAGUGAAGGACACUUCUCUAGUGGAACAGGUCCAACAGCAGCUGAGAUCAGGAGUUCUCUCCACAGAUCAACUGUCUCCUGCUCAAUGGUCCACCCUGGCCUUCAUCUCACUGUCCUCAGAGGAAGAUCUAGACGUGUUUGACCUGAAGAAAUACUUUGCUCCAGAGAAAGGUCUGAUCAAGUAUGGCCUUUCGGAGGAGGCUCUUGAGAGGCUGCUGCCAAUGGUGCAAGCUUCAAAGACAGUUCUACUCAGCUGCUGUGGACUGUCAGAGAGAAGUGGUUCCCUUCUGUCCUCAGUCCUCAGCUCUCCGUCCUCUAGUCUGACACAACUGGACCUGAGCUCCAACGACCUUCAGGAUCCAGGAGUGGAGUUGCUGUCUGCUGGGCUGAAGAGUCCACACUGUCACCUGGAGACUCUCAGACUUAGCUUCUGCGAACUGUCAGAGAGAAGUGGUUCCCUUCUGUCCUCAGUCCUCAGCUCUCCGUCCUCUAGUCUGACACAACUGGACUUGAGUGAGAACUACGACCUUCAGGAUCCAGGAGUGGAGCUGCUGUCUGCUGGACUGAGGAGUCCACACUGUCACCUGGAGACUCUCAGCCUGAGAGACUGUGGACUGUCAGAGAGAAGUGGUUCCUUUCUGUCCUCAGUCCUCAGCUCUCCGUCCUCUAGUCUGACACAACUGGACCUGAGCUCCAACAACCUCCAGGAUGCAGGAGUGGAGCUGCUGUGUGCUGGACUGAAGAGUCCACACUGUCACCUGGAGAGUCUCAGGCUGAGCUGCUGUGGACUGUCAGAGAGAAGUGGUUCCCUUUUGUCCUCAGUCCUCAGCUCUCCGUCCUCUAGUCUGACACAACUGGACUUGAGUGAGAACUACGACCUUCAGGAUCCAGGAGUGGAGCUGCUGUCUGCUGGCCUGAAGAGUCCACACUGUCACCUGGAGACUCUCAGCCUAUUGGAGUGUAGGAUCUCAGAGAGAGGCUGUGCUUCUCUGGCCUCAGCUCUGACCUCUAACCCCUCCCACCUGAGAGAGCUGGACCUGAGCUGUAAUCAUCCAGGAGGGCCAGGACUGGAGCUGCUGUCUGCUGGACUGGAGAGUCCAGACUGGAGGCUGGAGACUUUCAGGGUGGAAGGCUGUGGACCAGAGUGGUUAAAGAUCAGAAGUGAAGAAAUGUAUCUGUUUGAUUGAGCCAUGAAAACUCCUGGACUUUGUCAGUGUGACGCCCACUUAUGUGUGGUCACACAGUGUGUGUUACAUGUCAUUUAAUAGUUCAGCAUGGAGUUGAAUAACCGGCAGGUAUAUGGUUAGGUCAGUAGAGGGCAGGGUAGGACAGAGGUUGGGCAUGGAAGAUGUGUGGGUAAAAAGGAAGUGAUGUUUUUUUUCCAUUACUUUUCUCACCAUUGACAAAUGCGGAAGCCUCGUGUGACUGUCCACAUUUUGUUUCAGGUUAGUCAAAUCCAUUUGUUUAUAAUGAAAUUAAAAAAAAGCAAUUAUGCAUAUGGUUCAUGAUGUCUGACAGUUGUUGUAUGAUAAAGUAAGAUGUUUGUGAGUGAUGUUUCAGAAAAACAUCAAAUUGCACUGUGGGCUACAACAUUGAAAAAACAGAAUGCCUUGGAUUAAAAUGUCAAAUAAAGAUGACUUUUUUUUU